AUGUUUUCUAGAAGUUUACGUUCUGAAACACGCAGCAGAGCUAAAGAAGAUCUAAAAAGAGUUCACAAAUCACAUGAACAGGUUCGAAGCUGGGAAAAGAAAUGGGUCGCUGUCAAGGACACUUCAAUGCUUGUUUAUAAAUGGGUACCUUCUCUUAUAAUUGAUAUGGGUCACAGCAAAAAAGGAACAUUCAAUCGUCAGUCAAGUAUAAAUAAUGCAUCACAUAUCUCUUCUGGUAUUCUUUCAUCGUAUUCAUGUCAACAACAUGAACAAGAUAAUUCUAACGGAUCAAUAGAUACAAGUUCAGAUAAACCUACAAAUUUGAAAAAUGAAGACCAAGGUCCAACCGAAACAUUACAAGAUACAAUUCUGUCGGUUACAGAUGACACGUGCUCACAAAAAACAUCUCAUAUGGUUAUGGAAAACACUAACAGUCAAGAGGCUUCACUUGAUGAAAGCAAUGAUAUUAUCAUGUCUUCUGAACAAAAGUCGAAUUCAUUAGAUAAUAGUGUUGACGACACUGUUAUUUCAGAACCGAUCUCUGUUAAACCUGAGAUUGAUGAAGAUUCAACCAUUGUUAUCGAAAAUGAUAGUAUUGUUAAUAAUAAUAAUAAUAAUAAUAAUAAUAAUAAUAAUAAUAGUAAUAAUAAUGAUGAUCGGAAUGGAGUUUGUUAAGUUAUGUACUUCGUAUGGAUUUUCUGUGUAUACGUUUUGAUUUACUAGUAACAUUUCAUUAAUAUAUCUCCAACAAUCAAUGAUCUUCUUUUGUAAAUCUCUUAAUGAAUAAAAAUAGAUGAUAAAUUUUUCGGUUGUUCA